AUGUUGGAGGAGAUGAGGACUGGUCCUGCUGGUGGCCAGCACCCUCCGCCACCACCUCCACCGCCACCACCCAGUCAUCAGGACGAUAGUCAGAGUCAUAUGGAGAGAGCCAGUCAUCUUACUGGGAAGAUGCAACCCUACUUUGAGCCUGCGGAGGAUAGAUAUGAGCGAAAACAAGGAGAGUUUGACCGUUUGGUGCAAGACUCAAUGAUUGUGGAUGAGUACUUGGCUAAGUUCAAUGAACUGGUCAAAUUUGAACAUUUCCGUAUUAUUAUGCCUACCCCGACAUUUCUGGCUUCUAAGUUUCGUAGGGGACUUAAUGAGGAAAUAACUGAUCGUAUUGCUGGUGCUGCAUCAAGAGAUUUUGGUACAUUGGUACAACAAUGUAGGGACAUUGAGGAUGUUUGCAUUGUGAGUAAGGCCAAGAGGGCCAAGGUAGCUGAUGUUAAGGGAACCGGUAGUUCCACUUCCUGGAAAGAUAGGAAGUUUGGUGGAAAAGGGAAAGGGAAGCAGUUGGCUGCUAGGCUGGCGCCUAGAGCAAUUUCUACUAGGAGCUCCAUCUAA